AAACUUUUAUUGGACUCUUCACUACUAUACAAAAAGUUUUGCUAGUCCUAUUAAUAGUAGUAAUAACUUUAGACACCAUUAAAUGAUCCCAACAAACCUUUACACUGAUCCUCCUUCCAACCCAAUUAAUUAAUCACUUAUAUAAAAAUCACCAAAAUUUGCACUCAAAAAUCCCAACUCAAAAAUGGCUUAUAACACUUUCAUCAAUAUAUUCCUAAGUCAAUUUUUGUUACUAAUGUCUACAACUUUAGGUGGCAAAGUUCCAGCAAUUAUAGUGUUUGGUGAUUCCUCUGUUGAUUCAGGUAAUAACAACCAGAUUUCCACCAUUCUUAAGAGUAAUUUCGAGCCAUACGGUCGUGAUUUUUACGAUAAAAAGCCAACUGGAAGGUUCUGUAAUGGGCGAAUUCCACCAGAUUUUAUAUCUCAAGGUUUUGGACUAAGGCCAUUUGUUCCAGCUUAUUUGGACCCAAUGUUUAGCAUAUCUGAUUUUGCUGAGGGGGUUUGUUUUGCUUCUGCUGGUACUGGUUAUGAUAAUGCCACUUCUGAUGUGCUUCAUGUGAUACCAUUGUGGAGGGAAUUGGAGUACUACAAGGAAUAUAAUAGGAAAUUAAAAGCAUAUGCAGGCAAAAAGAAAGCCCAAUACAUAAUAAAGGAGUCACUAUAUUUAGUCAGCAUUGGAACAAAUGAUUUCUUGGAAAAUUACUACUCAAUGCAAAGCACACGCUCGUCUCAAUACACUGAAGAACAAUUUCAAGAAUUCCUUCUUCGACUUGCCCAUAAUUUUGUGAGGCAAAUAUAUCAUAUGGGUGCAAGGAAAAUUUCCUUAACUGGACUUCCUCCAAUGGGUUGUUUGCCUUUAGAAAGAGCAACAAAUUAUAUGCGUGGGAAUGGAGAUGGAUGCAAUGAGAAAUAUAAUAAUGUGGCUAAGCAUUUUAAUGUGAAGUUGGGUGGUUUGGUUAAGAGGUUAAAUAAAGAGCUUCCUGGGAUUAGAGUGGUCUUUGCUGAUGCUUAUAAUCUCUUGCUACAAAUGAUCAGAAAACCUCACUCAUAUGGGUUUCAAGUGGCAAGUGUAGCAUGUUGUGGUACAGGAUUAUUUGAGAUGGGUUACUUGUGCGAUAGUUUGAACCCUUUGACAUGCACAGAUGCAAACAAGUUCGUAUUUUGGGACGCAUUUCAUGUCACGGACAAAACAAACCAGAUUAUUUCUGAAUUCUUGUUGAAACACGUCUUUGGACAAUUUUUAUAGUUGCAUUAAUGUGGGAUCAUACUAUGUGGAUUUUGUAGAUUUGGGAACUGGGAGGAUGCAUAUGUGCUUUUCGAUUUUUGGAAUAUGAGUUUGAGAAAAGUACGUACCAUUUUUUAAUCUUAAACAU